UUCGCGCAUAGCGAGUACGUCGUCUUGUGGCCACCAUCGCAUACGUCUCGGUGUCACGUCGCUGUCUACAUACAAACUCUCAAGUCGGUCUAGUCUAUUUUGUGCCGCUUCGCGUCGUGGUUGUUGUCGAUACCCAGUGCUGUUUGCUGUUCAUUGGUGCACUUUUUCGUAGAGGCACAACGGGAUAGCGGUCCGUCGUGUUUUAUGUCGUGCGUUUCAUGAAAAGAACGGGAGAAGCAGGAAUCUAAAACGUCUAGCUGUCAUCGGUUCAAAAAAAAAAGUUCCCCAUGCGUAGUUGUUCCCGUGGAUCUCGUCGGUAUUGUUAUAAUAUUUGCUUGCAUGUUGUGUAAAAUUUGCAUGGAAUGUGGAAAUUGCUAUCAAACUAGCAAAAAAUUAAGAAUUGAAAUCAAUUUAUUGUUACAGUGCUUGGGCUCCACCUAAUAUAGUAGGUGCAAGGUGUAUAUUGAAGCUUGCGGAAAAGGUGAUUCACGCGUCCUAAGAAAAAAAAUCCAGCUAUCCAACAGGAAUUCUAGAUCAACCAGAUUGUGCAAAUAAACAAAACCAUUUGCAGUCCUUCGUAUGAAGUCACUGCUGAAAAAAGAAAUACAGUGAAUACGCUACUCGGGAGUUUCUAAUAAUACUGAUACAUAAAAACUAAAUCGACGUAAAUUUUAUCUUUAUCAUUGAUUUUCUUUGCGGUGCAUUUUGACCUCGAAUUGCAGGCAAGAAAAAAAACAAGGUUGCGAAAAGAGACAUUAUAGUCUGCAGUUACACCCUUAAAAUUCGUCUUUUUUGUCUCGUGAAGAAAACCUUUCAUGGUGGAAAUAUAUCGGAAUUAACAGCAAGGAAAAAAGUUUGCUUUAUUGUGGUGUUUUGUGCUCAGUCUCUAAAAAAUAUUACUUGUGCGGGUUUCGCUGCCGCUGCUGUUGCUGUUAAGAAACAGAUUAACACCGGCCCCGCUGCAACUGGGCAUGGUCCGCCAGUCCGGUUAUUGAUGUGAAAAAUGUCACCGGCUAGGCUGUCGCUGCGGGAGGAGGACAUUGUGCGGUUAUCGUUGGAGUUUUUGAACAAUCGCGAAUUGCACAUCUCUCAGCUUUCGUUGGAACGCGAAACGGGCGUAAUAAAUGGGCAGUUUUCAGACGAUGUGCUUUUCCUACGGCAGCUUAUACUGGACGGCCAGUGGGACGAUGUGGUGGAAUUCAUUCAGCCGUUGGAGGCAUUGCAAAAUUUUGACAUGAAGCAGUUCAAGUACGCCAUCCUCCGGCAUAAGUACAUUGAACUGUUAUGUAUAAAGUCGGAAGCUGGUGGACUCACCGGGCCGCCUCUGAUCAACAACGUGGAAGGAGCGGUCGAGGAGGUGGUUCAAGUACUCGGCGAGCUGGAAAAAUUGUGUCCCACCAAGGAAGAAUACUCGGCGUUGUGUUUGCUGCUGACACUGCCCAAGCUCGGCGACCACAUGCAGUACCGUGACUGGAACCCGAGCAAGGCACGAGUGCAAUGUUUUAAGGAGAUUUUUCCGCUGGUGGAAAAAUUCCUGCCGGGAGACAAGAAAGCCGGCACGGCACAGUCGGUUUUCGCGAAAAACGACCGACUGGUGCAAUUAGUUAUUAAGGGUAUUUUGUAUGAAUCUUGCGUCAACUAUUGUCAGGUGAAGGCAACCGGAGCGGCAGAUGCAGCUUCUCAAAAAAUCAACUUCUCCCGACUGUUGGAUGGAUCGAUUGGUUUCACGGACUCGGACCUAUCGCUACUCAGCUGGCUGCAGAGCAUCCCAGCCGAAACGUUCUCGGUACCGUUCGAGCAGAAGACCCUGAACGUGGACGUGGAAAGACUGGAAAAACCGUCGCUCGAAACUUCAUGGACUGAACAUAUGCUCAUUACUCCGAUCAAGCCGAAAACGUUCCCCCACUCUGUGAUGCCAUUUACGCGGCCCCGCAGUGCAGCGGACAUCAUGACCCGCUCGCUGCUGCCCUCGCUGGAUGCCGUGUCGACCUGUCUCAAUCCAAAGGCAACCAACGAGUCGUUUCCCAUGUCCCGUUCGAGUUUUGCCAGUUUUCACCUGACCGGGAUCAAACCGACGAGUGGCAAAAUGAUGACCUCCAGCGUGGACCGGCUGUUCGAAAACGGCGACGGUGGCGAUGUCUAUCGAAGCAGCAAUUUCAGUGAAUAUCAGCAGGGACUUCCAUCAAUAGAAGAAAUCGCUUCCGUGCACUCGAAGUCACCCGAGCUGCAGGCAGUAGCCGGGGCAGUAGUGAAAACCAGCGACAUUCACCAGAACAGUGCCGAACGAGAUAGUCCCAACACGACCAACUCGACGGCGAAAAGUUCGCGUAGGGAUUCGCUGACCGAUAAGAUCGCUACCGCCAAUCAGCCGGUGCCAACAGGACUUCCCCACCACAGCCAACCGCCGCCUCCCUUGCCGUCGGUAGGUCCACCACAAGGGUCUUCCUCGUCCGGCAUCCAUUCCGGGACCAGUGCCAAUAGCGCUAGCAAUCAUCAUCAGCAGGGAGUGGGAGUGCAUCCUCAAGCAGCCCCACCACCGCCACCAACAGGCGUAAUAUAUGACCAGCCAAGAAACAACGAAAGCCUAGCAAACGGCGGAGGUGGUGAACUGUACGAGAAGUUUAAACAGCAGAAGCAAAAUAAGGAAAGUGAUUAUAUUAUGAACGGAAAUCCAACUAUUGUGCCACCGGUGAGUCAGCCUCCGUCAAGCCACAGCCAGCAGAACGGCGGCAGCAUUGGUGACGGAAUAGUUUCCGGUAAUGGACCGGCACGGCCAACUCAUCUGCUGGAUGACGGAAGCGGAAAAGAGUUUGAGCCAUCAGACCAAAACCGACCGAAGUUCGUCGCCGUUACAUCUCUGGAGGACGUACAAGCGGUACGAUGUGCCGAAUUCCACCCGAACGGACGGAUCUACGCCGUGGGUUCGAACUCGAAAACUUUCCGAAUCUGCGAAUACCCUCCACUAUCAGAAAUCAGGGAAGACCAUACCACCUACCAGCCGACGGUGCUGUUCAAGCGGACCAAACAUCACAAGGGAUCGAUCUACUGCAUGGCGUGGUCUCCGGUGGGUGACCUGAUAGCGACCGGCUCGAACGACAAAACGGUCAAACUGAUGCGCUUCAACGAGAACCAGAAGCAACUGGAGGGGCAGGAAAUCGAGCUGACCAUGCACGACGGUACGGUGCGGGAUCUGUGCUUCCUGGAGGACACUUCGAACAAAUCCAGCCUGCUGAUCAGUGGCGGAGCGGGAGACUGUAAAAUCUAUGUUACCGAUUGCGAGACUUCAACACCGUUCCAGGCGUUGAGCGGACACGGCGGACAUGUCCUGUCGCUGUACAACUGGGGUAGCGUGAUGUUCGUGUCCGGUUCGCAGGACAAAACUGUUCGCUUCUGGGAUUUGCGAACGCGAGGUUGCGUCAAUAUGGUUACCCCGGCUACAUCGCCUGGCUCGCGACAAGGAUCUCCCGUGGCGGCAGUGUGCGUCGAUCCUUCCGGACGGCUUUUGGUUUCAGGUCACGAAGACAGUUCGUGUGUGUUGUACGAUAUUCGCGGAAAUCGGCCGAUUCAGUGCUUCAAGCCUCAUGCAUCUGAUGUUAGAUCGAUUCGUUUCUCACCAUCGGCGUACUACUUGCUGACGGCCGGUUACGACAACAAACUGGUGCUGACCGAUCUACAGGGUGACCUAACGAUGCCGCUGCCCUCGGUAGUGGUCGCCCAGCACGCGGACAAGGUGAUAUCAGGUCGCUGGCACCCGGUAGAUUUCUCAUUCCUCUCGACAUCGGCCGAUAAGACGGCCACGCUGUGGGCUUUACCUCCAAUCUAAAGGCAAGCCAUCAGAACCGACGACUGACUGGCGGCGGCGGACAGCGGAACAAAUAUCAAGUGGCUUUCUCAUGCUUUCCCCUUUUCUCCCUUUCCCCACGGGGUACCUAGUACCUAGGCUGCAAAAGGGGCCAGUCAAUGUGCAUGUGUAUUCUCUUGCCUUUGGGUUUGCUAGGUGGCAAUAUUUUUGCAUAAUAGUGUUAGGAAAUGCAAAACAAAAAACGAAACGAAACAAAAAAAAACAAGACAAAACAUGUAAAUUAUUGAUCGUUGAUCGAUUUGCUUAUGUAUGUGUGUAUAAUAAUUACGCUACUGAUAUUGGACAUACAUAUUGUUAGGUACUACUUAAUAUUUAAGCAGCGAAUACUAAUCGACUCAAAAACAAACAACAAACACAAAGUCAAAUCAACCAAAAUAGAGAAAAGCAAAAAUAUGAACACACGUGGUGACAGCGAAAAUGACUGUUUGGAAUUUCAGAAGAAAAAAAUCUGUAGAAAAUUUGUGGAAGAAACUUGCGAACCAGGGCUUCUGCAAUCAGCUGCGCUCAUUAGACUGUAUUGCCUCACAGAAGUAAAAUCUGUCAAAAUCAUGUAUGAAACCGUUUUAGUAGAACUUAGUGAAAUCUACAAUCUUUCCGAAGUGAGUACUGUAUUAUUUUUUAUUGGCAAACGAACCAAAAAAUAAUACACUACUCAAUU